AUGAACGCGGCAGUGGUGCGGCGGACACAGGAGGCUCUGGGCAAGGUGAUCCGGAGGCCGCCGCUCACCGAGAAGUUGCUCAACAAGCCACCGUUCCGCUACCUGCACGACAUCAUCACCGAGGUGAUUAGGAUAACUGGCUUCAUGAAGGGCCUCUAUACAGAUGCUGAGAUGAAGUCAGAAAACGUCAAGGAUAAAGAUGCAAAAAUUAGCUUCUUACAGAAGGCCAUAGAUGUGGUCAUGAUGGUGUCAGGAGAACCCUUGGCAGCCAAACCAGCCAGAAUUGUGGCCGGCCACGAACCUGAGAGAACCAAUGAGCUGCUUCAGCUGAUUGGCAAGUGCUGCCUCAACAAGCUCUCCAGUGAUGAGGCAGUGAAGAGAGUCUUAGCUGGGGAGAAGGGGGACUCGAGAGGGCGGCCCCAGAGGACGUCGAAAGCACAAGAGCACGACAACAAGAAUGUGAAGGAGGAAGAGUCCAGAGCACACAAAGAGGAUAAACGAAGCUCUGAGGUCAAGGAGAGAAGCGGAAGUGCAGAGCACAAACAGAAGGAGGACCUGAAGGAGGACAGCAGGCCUCGGGAGAAGGAGAGGGACAAGGAGAAGACAAAGGAGGCUGAUAGAGACCGACACAGAGACCCCGACAGGGACAGAAACAGAGAUGGCGAGCGGGAGAAAGCCAGAGCACGGGCCAAGCAGGACAGGGACAGAAGCAACAAAGACCGGGACAGAGAGGCAGAAAGGGACAGGGAGAGGGACAAGAGGAGCGAGGGCGGGAAAGAAAAAGAGAGGGUGAAGGACCGAGACCGAGAUCGUGACAAGGGAAAAGACCGGGAACGGCGGAAAUCAAAGAAUGGAGAACAUACCCGGGAUCCUGACAGGGAGAAAAGCAGAGAUGCAGACAAGCCAGAGAAAAAGGCUGACAUUUCUGUGGGAGCAUCCAGGUCCUCGAUGUUAAAAGCAUCAAAACGUCGAUCCAAGAAUUCACUGGAAGAUGAUACCUCAGCUAGUCUGUGGCGGGAGAGCGCUGAGCCAGAGCCAGCAGUAAAGCAGAAAGGUGAUUCCCCCAGUGACGCAGAAGGAGAAGCUGGGCCUGCUGGCCAAGAUAAGCCGGAGGUAACGGAGAAUGCAGAAGUCCCCAGUGAGCUUCCCUCCGGCCUCAGAAGAAUACCUCGGCCUGGGAGUGCACGGCCAGCACCUCCCAGGGUCAAACGACAAGAGAGCACAGAGACACUGGCGGGAGACAGGUCAGGAAGUGGUAAAACUGUCUCCACAGUGAUCAUCGACUCCCAGAACUCUGACAAUGAGGAUGACGAGCAGUUUGUGGUGGAAGCUGCCCCUCAGCUGUCAGAAAUCGCAGAAAUUGAAAUGGUGCCGUCAGGAGACCUGGAGGAUGAGGAGAAGCAUGGUGGGCUUGUGAAAAAGAUCUUGGAGACAAAGAAGGAUUAUGAGAAAUUGCAGCAGUCUUCCAAGCCUGGUGAGAAGGAGAGAUCACUGAUCUUUGAGUCAGCAUGGAAGAAGGAGAAGGACAUCGUUUCCAAGGAGAUAGAGAAACUCCGCGUGUCCAUCCAGACCCUGUGUAAGAGUGCACUUCCCCUGGGAAAGAUCAUGGACUACAUCCAGGAGGAUGUCGAUGCCAUGCAGAAUGAGCUGCAGCUGUGGCACAGUGAGAACAGGCAGCAUGCUGAAGCCCUGAGCAAGGAGCAGAGCAUCACAGACAGUGCGGUGGAGCCCCUGAAGGCUGAGCUGUCUGAGCUAGAGCAACAGAUCAGAGACCAGCAGGACAAGAUCUGUGCAGUGAAGGCCAACAUCCUGAAGAAUGAGGAGAAGAUCCAGAAAAUGGUGCAUAGUAUCAACCUGUCAUCACGAAGGUGAAUGGCCAGCCCUGCAGAGAUGGAGCCACCUUCCUCAUGAUGGACAAGGGGCAGGAACCGCUCCACUAAGCCCCAGACUGCUGAGAAAAUGGCCUGCUGUGCCCUGACCCAGUCAGGUCAGAGCUUUUGGUUUAGGCACUAAACUUAUUAAAAGGCUGCGGUACUCACUACUUAUAAA